AUGAGGCUACCCCAGCAAUACCGACCCAACACCCAAGACCUCCUUCCUGCCCCCGCACAAUGGCUGCCAACUGUACUGGAACUAUAUACUGAGGGGGACUUACUGCUGGGCUUCAGCGCCAAUGGCUGGCAUAUUCAAGGAAUUCCUGAAAUCAAAACAACUGCCAAACCAGCUCAGGGGUUUACUUUUAGGAUGGGAAAGUGCUACGAAAAGACAAAAAAAGCAUGGGACAUGUGGCCAGUAAGGGAGGCCCAGAAAAAAGAGAUGCCCAAUACCAUGGCCCGAAUCCAAACUCCUGAAAUGGAUCCAUGCAGAUCAGAGCACUGGCUUCCAAAUCCCAGAAGUAACAUCCUUAACAGCCUGCGCUGGCUGUGGUGUGACCAGGGGAAGCGAGGGUGUGUCUCGGUGCUUACCGAUUCCCGGGGCCACAUAGAUGAAGUACAGACAGGACGAAGAGAGGGAGAAGAAGAAGAUGAAGGCGAGGAGGGAGCGAUUGGAAACCCGCAUCAUCCGCCUGAGCACAGACAUCUUCCUCUUCCCUGCCAGCAGCCCAGGCUGCGCUCUCAGGCCGGACUCGGGGCCACUGUCCAGGCCCUAAACUUCCAUAAAUGUGCUGAGAACCACGAGACUGCAGCGGGGUCCGCGCGGGGAGGCUCUGGGGAGAGGGCCCGAGUGGAAAGGAGGAAAUGGGAGGGAGUGGACGGAAUGAAUGGGAGGCCAGAGAAUCGGGGGAGGGGAGGCGCAGAGGCCGAGGGGGAAGAGGUGGAGGGGGGGAGAGGGAACGGGGGGCUGGGGGCCCGGGGACGGCAGGACCCAAGGAGGCCGGGGAAGGGCGAGGAGGCGCGUUUUCUCCGCCAAGCAGCGGCGGGAGGAGGGGCUGCAGGUGGGAGGACGCGCAGGCUGCGCGCCGCGGCGCCCCUGCGGAGAGGGGCAGCUAACUGCAGCACGCCCGGCUCCGCUGCCCGCGCUCGGCGGGACCCCGCCGCGAAGCCCAGUGCUCAGGGUCCGGGCCGCCCGCGUCUGCUCAGCAGGCCUGAGCCGCCUCCUGCUUCAGGCCGCGGCUCUCGUGCCUGCGCGGGGCUAGCGUGGGCGCUGGGGCCGCAACCAGCGCGCGCCACGCGCGGGGGCCCGCGGGGGCCCUGGGGGCCGAGGAGCUGGGCGCUCGCCUUCACCGAGCCUCCUCCUCAUGCCGCGCCGGGCCCCGGCGCCCCGCGGCCGCCGCGGGAGCUGAGCACAGGCCAGGGCGGCGUCCCGGCCAGCGACGAACGCGCUCUGACUCCGGCCGCCGCCAGCUGCCUGCCUGGCCGCAAGGGCGGCAGCGGCAUUACCGCCGCGCGCCCGGGGUGAGGCGCCCCUGCCGGGCCCGCGGACACCAGGCGAAGAGCGACCGGGCGACGCGCGCUACGGGCAGAGCCGGGGAGCCAGAAGAGCAGGAGGCCGAGCGCCGUCGGAGCCGCGUCUGGUUGGAGAAAGAAGCGGACGUGAAAGGGCGGGGGAGCCGCGGAGGAAAACCGGGACCGGCGGGCACGUCCCGCGAGCCCUGCGCGCUUCGCGCGCUCGCUCGGAACUCGGCAGGCGGCGCUGCGCCGGGCCCCGAGGAAACCUGGAAGCCCCCGCCCUCCCCGCGCCCGAAACACCGCGCGUCCUGAUAGGCCCGCGCCCAGCAGCCCCCUCCCCGCGCCGGCCGCACCGGGGCCCCGCCGCCUCCUGCGUCACCGCCGCCCUAGCCCGUCCAGGGACUCCGCGGUGGCCGCGCUGCUGGGGACUGAGGGACGCGUUGCGAUCCCCGAAUACAUUCUACCCUGGGGGUACAUAAUGAAGGAUGAUGUACCUGAAAGGAAAAGGGCAUCUCCAAAAGGGGACUUCGCGGGUGCAAUUUCUUUCCAAAAUCCUCCCUCGAGGAACAAGGUGUAUUUCCGACCUGGAUUAAUGAAUCCCCUCUCCCAUCCCGCCCUUCCUGUAGAAACGGUGUCAGGAUGUGGCGCGGACCUGUGUGCGUCCCUUAUACCAGGACUUGCCUUCAACGCUGAAGGUGAACCCUGGGUCGUCCUCGCUGUAUUCAGGCGGGGCUGAAAAGGCUUCUGGGCAGCCAAUAGGCCCUUGAGCGCCUCAGCCCCAUCUUGCUUCAGUAGGCAAACGGACGGAUGUCUUCGUCCACCUUCUAGGCCGUGGUCUACCCUUUGUUCAAAUGCUUCUUCCUGCUAGCUGACUUUGUCCAGGUCCUUAGCUGUAUCACAUUGUUCACAUGUGUGUGCGCAGGUGUUUGUUUUUCAACUAAUCAUGCAGGAAGUGGCGGGAUGCCCUACUGCCAUUAUUUGCUCAGUAUUUCCAGAUGGAACUGUAGUUGAUAGCCAAUAAGUUUGGUACGUUUUUAUCAGGAUGCCCAUGCCCUAGAUCGUCCCUGAGAUAGUGCUUUGCAAUGUGGAACCUGAAACACCUAAUUUAUAAGCCCAAGCCUUUCAUUAAUAUUAAAUGUGAGACCCGUGGAAGCUACUAAUUUGUGUGAGCCUGUUUUCUCCACCCUCGAACAGUGGAUAUAAUACCCCCUUGCAAGGCUGUGAGAUUAAAUGGGUAACUGUGCAUAAUGCUAAGCAUGGUGUCUGGGACGCAAGAGGUUUCCUUAUAUCCCAUUAGUUCACUAGGUGGGAUCACCAAGUUGAAAUUCAUCUUUUAACAUUUUGCUUGUUGGAGUACUCACAACUUCUCUGGCUAAUUUGAUAUUUAAUGUGAAAGGUAAUGACACUAUUUUGUAACAUUUUUAGAUGCUUAAGGGAAAUUUGAAAUGCAAAGUGGAACAACAUUAAAAGGAAACUCACUUGUAAAAUAAAGAAAAACAAAACCUAUGCAAGCAAAAGAAGUCAUGAAUGCUGAGGAAGCAAAAAUUGUGGUUUUUGCCUCUCCAGUCCCACUAACUUUUCAUUUAUCUUUAUUU